AUGGCGUUUAUGAUGCCCGUGGUGAAAAACGAAUGGGACAUUUACAAGACGAACCGCAGCAGGCGAUCGUCAGAGUGUUCCAAUCCUCAGACCUGUCGCAGUAGAAAGGUAUCGGAAUGUUCAAAAUCAGAGGGUCCGUCGCUGUCCACUUCACCGGGGUCGGACUUCUUGACAUCGCCGGCGCACCGUUCCGUGCCCCUCACUUCCCGCCACUUCUCGAGGACGUCCUCGAGGGCGUCUCAGAACUCGUUGCAGAGUCCGAGCAAAAGCACGGGCUCGUCGCCGCCGAAAACCGGCAGCUCGAACUCCCUGAACAAGUUCCACAACCGGCUGAUAGACAAGCUGAAGAGAACGAUGAAGAAGGCCGAGGACAGCGCAGAGGACCAGCGAAACUUGUCGUGAAAUAGCCAGGGGGUUUUGGGCCGGCCACCGAUACCCGGCUCGAAACCGAUCGAGAUCCGACGCACCUCCGCACCGGUUGCCGCGUCCGCGACAAUCCACGAGACUGUCGUGCGAUCCUGCCCGGAUCCGCCGCCCUCGGCAUGGUAAAUAGGACAGAAGGAAUCGCACCGGUGACGACCACACGAUAUCAUCCCAUCUGAUCGUGCACGGAGAACCGAUCCUAACACCAGAACCGGAACCAGUUCGAAUGGGGAGGAAAAUACCAAGCAGAAGCUGACCAACAUCUAAGCAAGUACGAAGAGAAAGAUAGAUAGAGAGAGAAAGAAGAAGAUACACAGAGAGAAUCACAGAGAGAAAGAGAGAGAGAGAGAGAGAGAGAGAGAGAAUGAUGGAAGGGAAGCAGAAAGUGUGAAGUCCAGUGGAGAGACGUCGAAGUAGCCGCGAAUCUUUGGUACCAGUAGGUUACCACGCUCUUUUUCUACGUUUUCUCCUCGAUAUCCACAGUUUCGAAAAAAAAGAGCUCGCGAGUUAAUACGUAUAUUUUCCGUUUCUCUACUUCCCCGUUGGAUUCCCCAGUUUCUUACGAAGAUGCCGGAAUGCUACGAAGAUCGCAAGAGAAAAAUAGAUUUUCCAUAUAUUUCGUUUUUCCUUUCCAAAAAAAAAAAAAAAAAA